UCAUAUACUGACCAGUCGGUACAUUGUUUACCAAACAGUUAUCAACAGAGGAUAAUGGCUUUACUAUUAGAGUUGAUGCUGAUUUUCGUAUCGGUGCAUUUGUGUAGCUCAUUUUUCCUUGUAUGUCCAAAACAUACACAAUGUCCAAACCUACCCACUGGUUGUUUAUGUCGCGAAUCAUGCCCAAGGUUUAAUUUUGAGAUCAACUGUCGUCAAGCGAAUUUUGGUUCAUCUUUACCAAGAGACACAUUUAUGGGUGUCAAAUCAAUAAACAGUGGCCUCCCUAUAGAGUUAUAUCUCCCAGAUAAUUUAGCAGACAUAAAUAUUGAUGCAUUCAAUGGUAUAGAAGCUAAGAUCCAGUCAUUGAAUUUACGAAACAGCACCUUCGUCCGUAUACCCGCUGCUUUUGGCAAACUUCAUAAUCUGAAGGCAUUGUAUUUAUCUGGUAACCAUAUACAGACAUUGACAUAUUCGGACUUCAACGCCUUCGCAAACAACCUUUAUACACUGUCAAUUAGUUUGAAAUAUAUGUCGGCGUAUCCACAGUUUAUUGAUACACUUCCUGUCUUGUGGCAGCUAACGCUCAAAGACAUUCCAUUCGAAAUGAACGACAUGUCCAUUUUCAGUGGCAACAGCGUUAUAUCAACACUUACGAUAACGUAUUCACCUACCUACCGUGGACCAAUUAUACCGCCAAGUAUUGUCAAUCUUUCUGGACUGAGAUCAGUUUAUUUCUAUGGCAGUCAAAUACCAUGUGAUUGUUCCCUAAAAUACUUGCAACAUUGGGAUGUAUCGAAAGUUGGCAUUAUUUCACCAUGUACGACGGGUAUAUAUGAAGUCCUUGAAUACAUAAAGGGGGAUCUUCAACGAUGUUAGAUGGUUCUGCUUACUUUUCCCUAAAUAAGACCAUUUCUUAAUACCCGAUGUACAUGUACUCGUCUUAAUGACGUAAAAAAUGAA